AUGCUGUCGCAUGGUAGCCACGACGGCAUCCAGGGAUCCGAGCACAUGCUGCCAGAGUUCGAGGUCGGCGACGACACGUACCAGGUGCGGAGGCCAGUGAUGGCUCCCAGGCGUCCCGACUAUUCUGUCACAGUCGACCGCACUGGAGGGAAGCCGCUCGGUAUUACUUACGAUUAUUCCGACGGCGCGAGAGUGGUGAUCAAAGACAUGCAGCCUGGCCUUCUAUACGAUUGGAACCGUACGGCGGAACAAGACUCUUGGGUGCUGCUUGAGGACAGCAUCGUUGCCGCAAACGGGGUCGAGGGGGAUGUGGACCUCGUUAUUCAGGAGUGUCUGAAGCACGAUCUGUUGCAUCUGAAAAUGCGGCCUCCAGAUGUUGACCCAGAGGUGCCUCCCGUCUGCCUCACGCGAGACCCCCGAGUGCUCGUGCACGUCUACGACCUCGUAGAGGGCGCGGCCGUGAAAUGGCUCAAUAACCACUGGCCGCGCAGAGGCUUCUUUCACACGGGCGUGGAGGUCUAUGGCAGGGAAUGGUUUUUUUGUGGCACCGAGGGCGCUUUCCACGGAGUCUACUCUGUGACGCCCAGGUGUAACCCGCGCCACGUCUACAGGAAGUCGGUCCUCAUGGGCCACACGAUGCUGGACCCUGGUGACUUCGCAGACCUUGUGCCCAUGAUCCGCAUGAGGUGGCCUGGGUGGACCUAUCACGUAACCCAGCGGAAUUGCCACGCGUUCACAACUUCCUCUGCAGGCUGCUCGGCUUCCCCGCCGGGCCAGCCUUCGGGCUCUUCGCUCGCGGGGACCCCGCGCACGCGGUGGGCGAGCCGUGGAGCUGCCUCUGCGGCCUCGGAGCGCCCCGCGCGGCGGCGCCCUCGGCGCGCCCGGACCAGGCGCGCCCCCGAGGCAGCACCCCUCAAUGGGGGGCGCCGCCGCCCCGCCCCGACCCGAAGAACCAUCGAGCAAAAUCCUUCUCCUCCGCCCAUGGCGACGGGGCCCCGGCGGGACGGGCCGGAGCAGGCCCUCUCUGACCCGGCGGCGGUCCCCCCGCAGCACGGGCCGGGGCGGCGGGGCGUGGCCGACCCGGCGGCGGGCCCCGGGCGGCGCGGGCCCGAGCUGGGCGCGGCCGUGGCCGAGCCGUCGGCGGGCCCCUGCGGGGACAGAGCGGAGCAGGCCACGAUCUGA